AUGGAUCCCCACGCAGCUUUAGAGCUGCUGGAUUACCUGCGAACAUGUUACCCGGUCUUCCUUAUGAUCCUCUUCAUCGUGGCAUUCAUCGCCAACACCGUUGCCAACGCCAAAAAGGCCAACCAGACUGAAUCCCCUCGAAUGGGACCUGGUGGACGCCAGCUGCCCCAGAGAUCGCGCAGCUCCGGCAUCCACAAGACGCAGGGGUUCUCGGAGAACGUCAAGCGGGUCUUCAACUGGCUUUCGGCUGCUGUGCUUCUGACCUUCCUUGCAGACGCGACGAUCUACAUCCUCCAUGUGAUAAUAGCAAGGUCCGAACAUUGGUGGCGUGGUCAGUCGGUCGUGGUCUACAUUGUCGGCUCUUUUUUCGUUUACGCAGUUUUGCUCAUUUCAUUACUGGAUACCACCCCAUCGCCGACACUCGCUCAAUUCGUCUGCUGGUCAGUUGCCAUCCCGAUCGAAUUGGUUAUUCUUAGCACCUCCCUGUUCAUUUACACCUCCGUCCACCAUGAACCCGUCGUAGGAGACCCAGAGGGUGGUCGGAUUCGCCGAAGCAUCACAGUAUGGGAGUCUUUGGAGGUGGCCUCGAAUGCCGUUCGAAUCCUAAUUCUGUUCGCCUUGGUCGUCCUAUAUGCCAGCAAGUCGAUUAGCUGCAAGCAGCAUGACAAGCGCGGACGGUCCAGUGGGGAAGCCACGGAGUCGACUGGCUUGCUGGACGCAUCAAACGCGGAGAAUGGUGCGGCCAAUGGCAAUGGCAAUGGUCCUACAUACGGGUCAACAAAUGGAAAUGGAAAUGGAAAUGGACACCCCGAGCCGUCAAAGCCGCAAGACAAAUGGGUCCGUCCCACAACCAUCCCCUCGACUAGCUGGUGGGAGUAUCUGAGUGGCUACUCGCUCUUCUUCCCUUACUUGUGGCCUUCCAAGUCCCGCCGGCUCCAGAUUGUCGUGGUGGCUUGUUUCCUCAUACUUAUCGCCCAACGAGUCAUCAACGUGAUGGUGCCCAUCCAGGUCGGAAAUGUCACAAAGGCCUUGUCUGAUGACGAAGGCCAGUUUCGUGUUCCAUGGUUUGAAAUCUUUAUGUAUGUCGUGUAUAGAUGGCUGCAGGGUGGUCAGGGCUUGCUGGGCUCCCUGCGCUCUAGCCUCUGGAUCCCCGUGAGCCAGUACUCUUAUAUGGAGCUUUCCACGGCUGCCUUUGAGCAUGUGCAUGGACUCAGCUUGGACUUCCAUUUGGGUAAGAAGACCGGUGAGGUGCUCUCGGCACUGAGCAAGGGUAGCUCGAUCAACACAUUUUUGGAGCAGGUGACCUUCCAGGUCGUCCCCAUGUUGGUUGAUCUGGGAGUCGCGGUUGGCUACUUCCUUAUUUUCUUCGAUGUAUACUACGCCCUUGUUGUUGGUAUCUCCACCUUUGGUUAUCUCUACGUGACUAUUCGCAUGGCCCAGUGGAGAGCGGAGAUCAGAAGACAGAUGGUCAAUGCUUCACGUCAAGAAGAUGCUGUCAAGAAUGACUCCAUGGUCUCAUAUGAGACAGUCAAGUACUUUAAUGCAGAACAGUACGAAUUCGACCGCUACCGUGAUGCUGUCGGCACAUUCCAAAAGGCCGAGUAUCACGUUCUUUUCUCUCUCACUCUGCUCAACACCUGCCAGAACACGGUCUUCAUGAUGGGCCUGUUGACAACUUGCUUCAUCGCUGCGUACCAGGUCUCCACCGGCCAGCGUCCUGUCAGUCAAUUUGUAUCUUUGUUGACCUAUAUGGCGCAGCUUCAGGGCCCGCUGAACUUUUUCGGCACCUUCUACCGCUCUAUUCAGUCUGCGCUCAUUAAUGCGGAACGUAUGCUGGAAUUGUUCCGAGAGCAGCCCACGGUGGUCGAUAGCCCCCGUGCUGUUCCCUUAGCUAUGUGCAAGGGUGAUCUUCGCUUCCAGAAUGUGGAGUUCUCAUAUGACUCUCGGAAGCCAGCCUUGAACGGACUCACAUUCCACUGCGAACCUGGCACAACCACUGCUUUGGUCGGAGAGUCGGGUGGAGGCAAGUCUACGGUCUUCCGACUCCUCUUCCGGUUCUACAAUGCCGAGAAGGGCUGUCUUCGUAUAGAUGGUCAUGACGUGCAAGACGUCACCAUUGACUCCCUGCGUAAGCAUAUAGGUGUCGUGCCGCAGGACACUGUGCUUUUCAAUGAGACAUUGAUGUAUAAUCUGAAAUAUGCCAACCAGGACGCCACGGAUGAAGAGGUGUACGAGGCUUGCCGGGCCGCCAGCAUUCAUGAUAAGAUACUGGCUUUCCCAGACGGCUACGCUACAAAGGUUGGCGAGCGUGGUCUGCGCCUCAGUGGUGGUGAGAAGCAACGUGUGGCCAUUGCUCGCACUAUCCUUAAGAACCCUCGCAUUAUUCUCCUGGAUGAAGCCACGGCUGCGCUCGAUACUGACACGGAGGAGCACAUCCAGACAGCCCUUUCCACUCUUUCUCACGGCCGUACUAUGCUCGUGAUUGCUCACCGACUCAGCACUAUCACCACUGCAGACCGCAUUUUGGUCUUGCAAAAUGGUCAAGUCGCCGAGAGCGGUACCCACGAAGAGCUUCUUGCGAUGAAGGGUCGCUACGCCGGCAUGUGGCGAAAGCAGAUCCGGGCCCAAAAGGCAGCGGCCGAGGCCCAGGUUCUUCAAGACCGGGCGGAGCGGCUUCGCAACGCUGCCACAAACAGCGAUGAUAGCUCUAGUCAAUCGGACGAGGAUCGCAAUGGCACCGGUACCCCCCGCCCGGCCAAAUGA